AUGACGAGAAAGACAGAGCGAUUCUUCCUACACUUCCUCUACUCUGCCGCUCUGGUUGUCUCGGUAUCAUCCUUUGUUCAUCCACCACAAUUUCAACUCACAGUUAGUCUCCAGUCUGGUAGACUGUCAUUCUCUUCACCAGCAUCAUCAUUAAGCUUGCAAAAAGGGUGGUUUGCGCCAGAUGACGAUGAAGACGAACCGGUUACAAGGGAACAAUUCCAAAGAGAUUUGUUGGAAGACCCGAUUGUCAGGAGAAAGAAGAAGAACGGCAGAUACAAGCCCUUGGACAAUCGGGAUCACCUUCCUUUUGCGGUGAAGAAGGUUACACCAGAUCCCUAUACGCACCCCGAGAUUAAGAAAGAUAAGCGCAAGACUACAAAAGCGAAAAAGAGCGAUCUAGACCACCAUAUGACAAGUUCCAGAUUGUUCACAGAGAAUGACAGUGGCGAUACUACACUAUUAGGUGAAUUUAAGUUGGACAAGAGCACAACUAGUGGAGAUAAAAUCAUGAUUGGAGAAAGAGAGUACCAAGUCCAAACUGCUAGGUGCCAAUAUCGUUACGCUGGAGGCAAGCGCUUUGUAAUGGUUCGAAAGAUCCUAGAAGUGAAGGAAGUGGCAAGAGUGGAGAAAGAAGAAUUCUUGAAGCAGCAAUUCGAAAUGAGCCCUCUCCCAGAGAAUGGGGAGGGUUUUUUAGAACUUGAAUAA